AUGGAAGAGCCGAGGAGGCCUCGAUUCUUCAAGGUCCUCGUUGUCGACUUCGCGCGCCGAAUCGAGAUACCUCAAGGCUUCCUCUGUCAUUUUCCAGAGGGGAGACACAGAGAGUCUGGCACUACAGUGGUGGCAUAUACUAAAGUUGUCCUUACAAAUGCUCAAGGGAAUAUUUGGCCUGUUGAGCUAGAGGAAAUUGACGGCCGCGUGUUUCUGACUACUGGAUGGCCAAAGUUUGUGGAGGACAACUGUUUGGGGAAGGGUGAAUUCCUUAUCUUCAAGUACUAUGGGAGAAUGCAUUUCAUGGUCUCGUUUUUUGGUGUGAAUGCUGUUGAGAAGUCAGGUUGGUCUUCAGGAAGUGGCGCCCAAGCUACGGAGAAUUUAGAAGGAGAACUCCCAUGUCCUAUCAUCCCUUCUAGGAAGGGAGGGCAUAGUGGCAAUGAAUUAACUGAGACAGUUAAGAGUCGUAUGCAUACUCACUGUCAGACAGAUACCAUGCAACGAAACACUCAAGGGAAUGAACACAUUUCAUCCCAGGGCACAGUUGGUUUCCUUGACUUGCAUGAAGUAGUUUGCUCCAAAGAUUACUUGGAGACAUACUUGUCACAGAGUGAGACAACGGAGGAUGAUAAAGCUAAAGCGGUAGCAGAAGUAAUAAGAACUUUGCGUGUUGACAAAUUGACAGUAGAGUUAUUCUGUGCUAUACUCUGUUUGUAUAAAUGGAAAGUUGAGGCAGCUGCAGAAUAUUUUAAUGUUUGUAGGGGCAAACCACAAAUUCUGGAACAAUCUCUGAAGCAGAAAUUUGUUUUGCAGUUUGACUUUGUAAAGGGACAACUACAGCGCUUCUUCCCUCAAGAUUAUGAUUCUGAGAGAAUCAAAAAGAACAAUAUUGAGGGACCUAAUUUGUCUAAUCAACCACUACAACGUGACCUGAUAGUGGCACCAGUGAAACGGAGGCUAGUUGAUGAAUAUAAACCUUGUGACUUGUCUCAUCGACAGAAGAGAAUAGUUAAGUUGCAGGGAAACUCACUGCAAACUCAAACACCAAGAAGAUCACCACGAUUGACACACACGAACAAUACUUGUAACAACAACAAAAAAGUGUGGAAAGGAAGAGCCAAAGUGCUUAAAACACCACCAGAUGCAACAAAUCAGGUGAAGGAUAGAGCACAUAAAUCAUGUUCGCUUCAUGAGAAACUAGAUAAUGCCUUGAAAGCAGUUCAUGAAGAAGCAACAGGUUCCUUAUCUCAGGACCUCAGGAUACUGGAUUCCCCACGGUGUGAGGUUGGCUUAAGUAAAGAGCAUGAACAUGAUCAAGGAGAUACUGGCAAAAUGUUGGAUCAAGUCAAUGAUGGAGAAAACUGUAAAGAACAUUUGGGAAGAGAUGCUAUGGGAAAUUCUGAGUCAUUCAUGAGUACAUAUUGCGUAGAGCCAUUGCCAACCAACUCUAGGUUGAUAGCAUGUUCAAGAAUAAAUGAGCUAUCAUUUACAUGGAAGCCCUCACAACAUGCCAGUCCCCUUGAGAAAGUUUUACUUGACAUUCAAAGAGAUAACUUCGUGAACACCAUUGCACGCAUCCAGAAAAUCAUCCAGGAUGAUCCUUUAGAUGUGCUUAGUGCAGAUGUAAUUGAAGCCACUGUGCGGAUAGAAAUUAUUAAAUGGGAUUUAUGCCUUCAGGACAAGGAUGCCCAUAAGAUAGUAAAUGCAAUGUUGGAGUAUGCUAAAAAGGUCAAGGGGAGACAGAGUUUCAAUACUGAGAUGAGGAAGGAAGAGUUCUCUGCAAAGCUGCAGGAUCUCCUGAAGUGGCAGCUUAAAGAACUAGAACUUACAUACACUUCCUUGGAAUCAGAUUACAAGAAAGCAACGACUGACGCUAGCAUUUUUUUCUCGACAUUUGAAGAACACAAGAAAAAGUUGAAUGCCAUUAAGGACGGUAUCAAGGACCUGCAGCAGGCCUGUAUGACUAAGGACGAUGAAAUGCAAAAAUUGGCACAUCAAGUUGCUGAGCAUGAGACUGUAUAUCAGAAGUCUAUAAUGGAAAAGGUUAGGGUUAAGAUGGCUCUGAAGAGCCAUGAGCAGACUAUUGGUUGCGUAAAAGAGCACCUAGCCUCUACUGAAUCUGGAUCAAUUGACGUAGGUGCAUUGGUUAAGGUAGAGAUGGAUAAUAUGAGUAAGGAGAUUGAACUCUCCAAGGGAAAUCUUCUAAAUAUCAACUUCAAGAAAGAGUAA